AUGUCUAAAGUGCAUAUUUCCACUGAUAUGACCAUUGAAAACAGACAUAUUUUAUUAAGAGCUGAAUAUUUACAUGAAAUGGAACAGUCAGAACUUGUUCUACGAGGAGAUGAGUAUUCGAAAUUCAUAAAGGAAUAUGAUCAUGCUAUGUCAACUUUGCAAACUUCUCUAAAGGCAAUGGAUAAAAGAAUGGAUAUAUUUCAUCAAAGAGUAAUAAAAUUUACUGCAAUCGUACUCGACGAUGCGAAUAUAAAAAGGGCUACUCCGGAUACUCCUCCUGUAUAUUUUUUAAACUUCGUAAAUACUCAUAAGAAGCUUAUGAAUGACAUUACUUGUGCUAUUGAUGCUGUGGAUAAGGCUACAUCCGAUUUUAAGAAAUCUCAUGAUCAUUAG